UCUACGCCCAUCAACACCAAUUUUAGAACCCAACAACAAAGUAAUUCAUACCUCUUACACAAUUAACCUCACGCCUCGUACCUAACAUAACUAACACAAACGGUCACAAAGAACCUCUAGACUCCGACUAGUAUAGCGCAAAAUGUCUCAAACAACAACACCCCGCAAGUACCAAAAUCGAGGCCAAUAUCAACAGCAGCAACAGCAACACCACCACCCCCAAACCAUCCCAUCCUUCUCGCGCUCGCCGCAUUCGCACCCAAACCCACACUCGCAUUCCCAGCAACAGUAUCCUCAACUACAGCAUGGUCACACGCGAAACAGAUCCCAGCAACUCCGUGCCCAAGCAGCAGAAUUACAAUUCGGCGGCGCCACAACAACCGUUACUUCGGACUACGAAUCAGAUACCGCGCACUACAUGGCCUCCCACCCGCCUCCUCCCGCCGCCGCCCUCGCCGCGCGCACCAACACCGAGCUCAACCUGAGCGUCCUCCGGCGCUACCGGCCCAGCAUCACCAGCAUCCUGUCCAUCGCCGCCCAAGCCGUAGUCUACGUCUUCACGCCCCCGACCAAGUGGGACAAGUCCACCAUGGAAGGCCCGCUGUUCAUCUGCGCGCAGGACGAGGACGGAGAGGCCGCUGCCGCCGACGGGUGCCUGUUCAUAUUGAACCGCAAAGGCCUGCAGAAUCUGAUUUUGGACCUGAACACCGUCAGCGACUUCGAGCUGGCUACUGACCUGCUCAGCUUCAAGCUUGACCAGGAAGGCCCCCUGAUACCGAUGGAGAACGGCGAGUCCGUGCGGCCCAAGGUCAUCGGGAUGUGGAUCUACGCCGAGGACGACCAGGACCGACGUACUAACUCUGCUCUCAUCCACGAGAUGUGGUCCAAGGCCCGCUCUACCCGAGACGAGGUGGAAGGAGCUUCGGCUAGUCCCCCCACGAGUGGAUCGGCAGCUGAUGACGUGGAGGAUGCGUCCGUAGCACAAGGGCCCGGUCGUCAGGUCAGUUUGAACGAGCUGUUUGGUAGGAAUCAGAACGGUAUCGGGGGACCUUGAGAAGAUGAUGAGCAAUUAUUCUUGGACGAGUGAAUUGAAACGAGGGUUCUAGGUUAAUUUCGCAACGGCAUUGGGACGGGCAGUUAAAAAACAACAGUCGCAUUUGGCGUUCAGGGGAUACCCGGGAUAGGCGUUGACCUACGGAUAGAAAAAUGCAUUUCGUCUUGAAUUAUUAAACUAUGUAGGGUAUUGCGAUGGUAUGACUCCCAUUAGCUGCGUUUAUACUCCACCUGGUUAUCCCAAUACUUUUUAAAACCCAUUCUCAAGCUUAACGCUGCUACGAAUUCAGUAACGAGAAUUAGAAGGGAGAAGUCUUCGUACGUAGAGUCCAUAUCAAAGUUUAUCUCACGAACGUAUAUCCCAAUACGCACGUAGACCGUCGAACACACCAUUACAUCACAAGACAAUUUCAUAAUGAUAUUUUGGC